AUGGAGUGCGUGUAUUCAGAUACAGAUUGCUAUGAAAUUAUAAACUUUUUGGGAGAAGGGACAUUUGGAGAGGUGGUGAAAGGCAGGAAGAGGAGCAAUGGGGAAUUCGUUGCUAUCAAAAUCCACAAGAACAAUGUCUCCAGAAGUGAAACUAUAUACGAAAUCAACAUGCUGUCUGCUUUAAGAACAUUAGAUUCCGACAAAUCGCACAUUGUUCGCUUCUAUGAGUAUUUCAAUGACCAUAAACAAUUCUAUUUGGUUUUUGAAGAGCUGGAAAAAAAUUUGAUUGAAUUUCAGAUGGAAAAUGAUUUUGCCCCUCUCCACGUAAGACAUAUUAGGACAAUAACAAUGCAAGUUCUAAAAGCUCUUUCAAAGCUAAAAGAGCUUUCUAUCUUGCAUACAGACUUGAAGCCACAAAAUAUAAUGCUGGUUAACCAUGCAAGGUACCCAUUUAGAAUAAAGAUAAUUGAUUUUGGAUCUGCAAGCUAUUUGAAGGAAAUUCAAAAUGUGAAGGAACCCUACAUUCAGACCCGUUUCUACAGAUCUCCAGAAAUCCUUUUAGGAGUGCCCUGCUUUGAGAAGGUUGACAUUUGGUCCCUUGGAUGCAUCAUUGCAGAAUUAAAUCUCGGACACCCUCUAUAUCCUGGAGAAAGUGAGUAUGACCAAAUUCGUUAUAUUUGUCAUACCCAAGGAAUGCCAAGCAAUCGCUUAUUGGAGGCAGGUAGAAAAUCAUUCCGUUUUUUUAAUAAGGAAACAGACACAAAAUGGAGGAACAUAUGGAAACUGAAACCAAAAGACGAGUACCCUUGGGAAACCAAAAUAAAACAUCAAGAAAAAAAGAAAACUAUUCUAAAAUCUUUGGACCAGGUGAGAGUGUUACAUACACACAACCUUUUUCAAUCUAAUGCUGAGUACCAAGUUCAACAAGAUGAUCUAAAUAAUAUGAUCGAUUUGAUAAAAAAGAUGCUGACUUGGGACCCCAAUGAACGGAUAAAUCCUGGCACUGCCAUGGAACAUCCUUAUAUUUCUCUGUUGGAAAUGAAGAAGAACUAUAAGAAAACCAAUUAUUAUCACCUUUCUAAGCAGAGCCUCAAGAGAGCAUACAAGAAAAUUAAAAGGGUACCCAACAACACUUCAGACCAUUAUACUGCUAGUAAGCAUUCUAACCCACGCAAUAUGUCUGCCGAUAUAAUAUAUGUGGAAAGUCAGAGCCCUCAAGAUUUUGCAGCACUGAUGAAUGAAGUAAUUGAGUCCAGUGCUAGUGAACAAGAGAUUCUGCUUAAGACAUCACCCACAUCGUCUGCUGUAAAGAUCCUUACAGGAUCAGCCUCUCGGAAAUCCCUGCACCGCACAAGGAAUAACGAUGGUAACCUCACAACUCCUAUUAGACAAGCUGACCAGGGGAAAAUGCCAGGGGAAAAAUGGAAUAACCCAAACCCCUGCGCUCCCAUAUAUGAGAGUGAGCGAGAUACUGGAAAGGAAGGAGGACAUGCUCCCGAACCAGAUGACCCGACCACUCAAGAAGGGAAAAAAUUAGCCCCAGCAACCUACAAGAUGUACUGUGACUAUGCCACAAGAACCAACGUCCAGAACACACCAAGAGUGAAAACGAAAAUCGCCAUCCAAUCUGGUACCCCAGACGUCCAGAGGUCAUCCAAACCUCCAAACUAUAAAGGAAUGGAGAACUUUGGUUCCGAGUCCAAAGGACCUCCAGAACCCACAAUGAAACCUUAG